AUGGAGACGGCGGUCGGAGCGGCAAGCUGGCUCGUCGGGAAGGUGCUGAACAAGAUGUCCGAUGAGUUGGUGGCCGCAUACCUAGCCAGCUCCGAGCUCGGCCUCAAUGCCGAUCAGAUAAAAGAGGACCUGAUGUACACGCAUGCGCUUCUGCACGCGGCCCAGGGCAGGGAUGACAACCCUGGCCUCAAAUGGCUGCUUGAACAGCUUAGCGGGAAGGCCGAUGAUGCUGAGGACGCCCUCGAUGAGCUCCACUACUUCAUGAUCCAGGACCAGCUCGACGGCACGCAGCAUGCGACGCCUGAUAUGGGAGGUGACCUCCAGGAAAAAGUUCAACAUGGUCGUAAUGCUGUCCGCCACACUAUCGGUAACUGGCUUCAGUGCUUUUCUUGUUCUCCUACACAAGAUGAUGAUUUUUCUGCUACUGCUACUGCUGUUAUUGAAACCCUACCGACCACAAUCAAGUCCGAGUCCGAUGGUUGUAAUGGUAGUGGUCAUGCUGAUAAGUUGACAUUUGAUAGAGUGGCCAUGUCCAUUAAAAUCAAGUCAGUAAUAGAGGGCAUACACUCCAAGUGCAUUCCUGUCUCUGACUUGCUCAAAAUUCCAAGCACUACCAACACAACACAUACAACUGAUGCCCCAAAACGUCCUAUCACAGGAUCGAUGGUACGCGAUAAAUUGUAUGGGAGGAGUGCUAUUUUUGAGCAAACUAUAAAAGAUAUCACCAGUGGGACAUAUCAUGGUCAAACACUCUCUGUCCUUCCUAUAGUUGGCCCGGGGGGUAUUGGAAAGACAACUUUCACCCAACACUUGUAUAAUGAUAAAACCACCAUGGACCACUUCUCUGCUAGGGUUUGGGUAUGUGUGUCAACUGAUUUUGAUGUGCUUAAGCUCACCCAGCAGAUUCGUAGCUGCAUACCUCCAACUGAAGAAGAAAAAAGAAACAACACUUCCGGUGAAAUAAACAAUUUAGACAAGCUUCAGAUAUCCAUUGCAGAUAGAUUGAAGUCAAAAAGGUUUUUAAUUGUCUUGGAUGAUAUAUGGAAGUGCGACAGUGAUGUUGAGUGGAACACACUGUUAGCUCCGUUCACAAGAGGGGAAUCCAAAGGCAGCAUGGUUAUUGUCACAACCCGAUUUCCUAAAAUAGGAAAAUUGGUUAGUAAAGCUACUGAUCCAAUAAAUCUGCAAGGUUUGGAUCCUAAGGAAUUUUUGGAGUUCUUCGAAGCAUGUAUUUUCGAUGAAAACAAAGAUGCUCAGGAAUACAAUGAAUUAAUUGAUAUUGGAAGAGAGAUUGCAAAGAAAUUGAAGUGUUCGCCGCUAGCAGCCAAAACAGUUGCUCCGUUAUUGAAAUCCAACCUAUCGUGGGAACAUUGGAUGAAAGUUCUUGAAAACAAUGAGUGGCAAAAUCAAACAGAUAGAGAUGAUAUCAUGCCAGCCCUCAAAAUUAGCUACCAUUACCUUCCAUUCCACCUCAAACGAUGUUUUUCUUAUUUUUCUCUUUUUCCUGAAGAUACACUGUUUAAAAAUUUAGAUAUUAUUUGCUUUUGGAAUGCAAUAGGCAUCAUGGCCUCUAGUACAAAAAAUAAAAACUACGUAGAAGAACUAGUGGACAAUGGUUUUCUCAUGCAGAAAGAUGGUCAACACUUUGUGAUGCACGAUUUAUUGCAUGAGCUAUCUCGGAAUGUUUCAUCACAAGAAUGCACUAAUAUAAGUAGCUUAAGUUUUAGUGCCGAUGAUAUCCCUCGAUCUAUCCGGCACUUAUCUGUCACCAUAGAAGAUAGAUACGAUGAAAAUUUUAGUCGAGAAAUGGUUAAAUUGAAGAGCAGGAUAGAUAUUGGAAAAUUACGGACUUUGAUGAUUUUUAGGGAAUAUGAUAAAAGAAUUACAGAGAUUCUAAUGAGCACGUUUAAUGAAAUAGAGGGUCUCCGUGUCCUGUUUAUAGUAAUGAUGUCAUCAGAAUCUUUGCCAAAAAACUUCUCAAAACUUCUCCACCUUCGAUACCUAAGACUUAUACCAAUUUAUCGUUCAAAAUUGAGUUUACCUGGCACAUUACCUAGAUUUUAUCACUUGUUAUUCUUAGACCUAGAAGGUUGGCUUCGUCAUACUACUUUGCCCAAAUACUUUAGUCGCCUAGUUAAUUUACGCCAUUUCAUUGCAAAUCCUGAACUCCACUCCAAUGUUCCUGAGGUUGGAAAGAUAGAGCAUCUAGAGGAGCUAAAAGAUUUCCAUGUUAAGAAAGAGAGUGUUGGUUUUGAGCUCGAAGAGUUGGGAAACUUGUCAAAUCUUGGAGGAGAACUCCGAGUAUGUAAUCUUGAAAGGGUGUCAACGAAGGAAGAAGCUAGUAAAGCGAAUUUGGCUUUGAAAAGGAAUCUGAAAAAAUUGGUACUGGUUUGGGGUAGAGAACAAUUGGGUGCAGAUGAUGAUGUUGUUGAUGGUCUCCAACCACAUUAUAGUCUCAGAGAACUUGGCAUUGAAGAUCAUGGUGGGGCCACUGGUACUCCGAGUUGGUUGUAUCGUGACAUAGCCAUUACACAUCUGGAGUCUCUCACCCUAGAGGGCGUGUCUUGGGUCACUCUUCCACCUUUUGGGCAGCUACAAUAUCUCAAGACACUAGUGUUGAAGGAUAUUGCCAGAGUGCGUCAUAUAGGACCUGAUUCUGAUACUGGUACAAACCAAUGUUUCAGGCACUUGAAGGAAGUUGAGAUUGCUGACAUGCCAGUUCUUGAAACGUGGACUUUGGAACCUACCUGCUAUUUGUUUCCAGUGCUUGAAAGGAUUGAGUGCAGCAAUUGUCCCAGUUUGCUUGCACUGCCCUUCUUCAAAGACUCCUCCAUCUCUUCUUCACAGGUCAUACAUUAUCCAUGUCUGCGCAGUCUAAAAAUUAUUGAAUGCCCCGAGCUGUUGUUGCCACCCAUGCCUCCUGCUCCCUCACUAACAUAUAUUAAGGUAGAUGGUUAUGCGGCUAUGAAAUUAAAGGAAAAUCAUUUGACUCUGACUGGAUAUAGCGGCGCAUUAGCCUUCCACAAUAUGGGCAAUAUAGUGAAUCUCGAGUCUUUCAUGGGGUCAAUAACUUCAUGGACAGACCUCCAAAAGGCAACCUCCCUCAGGGAGCUUUCUAUUCUCGGAUCCUCAAGCCCAAUGGCUUUCAGCUCAAACCUCACGACUCUCACCAGUCUAUCACUACUCAAUUGCGAGAAUAUAGCAGUGGAUGGGUCCAAUUCUCUCAUCGCAUCUGUCAACCUAAAGAAGUUGGUGGUUGCUAAUGAUGUGGAUCAUCCUCGCUCUGUAACAGUGGAUCUGUUCGCAGAGGUGGCAAGAAGAUCCAAACAAUUGCCGGCAGGCUCCUUCCAGUUGGGGAAACUUACGGUGGAUAGCAUGUCAGCGGUGCUUGUUGCUCCUGUCUGCAGCCUCCUCGCUGCUACACUCAACACAUUAGGCAUCUUUUGGGAUCAGCGGGUGGAAAGCUUGACGGAAGAUGAAGAGAAAUCGCUUCAGAUGCUCACCUCUCUCCAAUCCUUAAAAUUUGAGUCUUGCCAAGGUCUACCAUCCCUUCCUCGAGGGUUACGCAGCCUUUCUUCUCUCAGGAAACUAAAAGUCGAGGCUUGUCCUGAGAUACAGUCUCUGCCCAAGGGAGGUCUCCCUUCUUCACUGUAUGAGAUAAUCGUGAGCGAGUGCAGCACCGAGAUACAUGAGCAAGCCAGGAAAUUGAAAGCAACAAACCCAGAACUACGGGUGUUUGCCUACUAG